CGGCGGUGGCUGCGGUGGGGGUGGCCGGAACUGGGGUGGUGAAGAAGCGGUGGCGGUGGCUGAAGGAGCGGCAGCCGCCUUAGCCGCUUCCCCUGUGCUUCCUUUUCUCUUUAGUGCAGCCAGGAAGUUUUUCGCUUCUGUACAUGUGUGUGUGCGCGAGUGUAGGUGUGUAAGGUGAGGUUUGGGCAGCGUUGGGUUUUUUGCCCACUUCGCUUCCCGUAACCCAGGCAGCUCUGGAGCCUGGGCUGUGGCCCUAGGAGGGGGCGCGGCGGCGGGCUCUCUCCUUUUGUUGUUGUUUCCUCCGCCUGGGGAGCUGAAGGGGAGACGCGCCUGGGUGGGGCGGCUCGGAGCCCGGGCCUGGUGGCCCCCGGGGCUCCCGGGCGGGCAGGGUAGGGCAGAGUAGAGCGGGCUUCAACAUGAUGGCGGCCGAGGCCGGCAGUGAGGAGGGCGGCCCGGUGAGUGCCGGAGCAGGAGGAGGCGGCGCGGCAGCGGGCUCCAGUGCCUAUCCGGCAGUGUGUCGGGUGAAGAUACCCGCGGCCUUGACUGUGGCAGCUGCCCCCUAUCCUGGGCUGGUGGAGGCCGGAGUGGCCGGGACUCUGGGUAGCGGAGCCGCUUUGGGGUCAGGGUUCCUAGGAACCGGGUCCGUGGCGGGGGCACUUGGGGGAGCCGGGUUGACAGGGGGAGGUGCCGCUGCUGGCGUGGCUGGUGCUGCCGCCGCCGGACCUAGUGGAGAGAUGGCGCUCACCAAGAUGACCACCUCGUUGCCUGCUGAGACUCUUGGGCCAGGCGCCGGAUUCCCCCCUUUGCCGCCGCCUCCUCCGCUGCCCCCUUUGGGCGCGGGCCUGGGGACCGUGGAUGAAGGUGACUCUCUGGAUGGACCAGAAUACGAGGAGGAAGAGGUGGCCAUACCGCUGACUGCUCCUCCAACUAACCAGUGGUAUCAUGGAAAACUUGAUAGAACGAUAGCAGAAGAACGCCUCAGGCAGGCAGGGAAGUCUGGCAGUUACCUUAUAAGAGAGAGUGAUCGGAGGCCAGGGUCCUUUGUGCUUUCAUUUCUUAGCCAGACAAAUGUUGUCAACCAUUUUAGGAUUAUUGCUAUGUGUGGCGAUUACUACAUUGGUGGAAGACGUUUCUCUUCAUUGUCAGACCUAAUAGGUUAUUACAGUCAUGUUUCUUGUUUGCUUAAAGGAGAAAAAUUACUUUAUCCAGUUGCACCACCAGAGGCAAAAUUUUGGUUUGUGAAUAUUAAAACUGAAAGGAAAAUAGCUGAAAAAUAUAUGGCAGAUAUGGUUGUAGAUAUAGAUUUUUUAAAAGGAGAUAUGUUCAUUGUUCAUAAUGAAUUAGAAGAUGGAUGGAUGUGGGUUACAAAUCUAAGAACAGAUGAACAAGGCCUUAUUGUUGAAGACCUAGUGGAAGAGGUGUGGGAUGAAAUGGCUUUCUGUUAUCUUUUACAACUGUCACAGUUAACUGUUUUUAAAUUAUGCCACAGACCUGAUAGGAAUAAAACUAACAGCUUAAUUUUUACAGUUGGCCAAGUCUGCAGUUUUCUUGUGAGGCCCUCAGAUAAUACUCCUGGUGAUUAUUCACUUUAUUUUCGGACCAAUGAAAAUAUUCAGCGAUUUAAAAUAUGUCCAACACCAAACAAUCAGUUUAUGAUGGGAGGCCGAUAUUAUAACAGCUUGGGCCAGCAGCUGUCACACUCCUACCAAAUUCAUGAAAUAAUUUUUUUUUUUUUUAAAACUCAGGAUCAAGAACAAGUACUCAAUGAUACAGUGGAUGGCAAGGAAAUCUAUAAUACAAUUCGUCGUAAAACAAAGGAUGCGUUUUAUAAAAAUAUUGUUAAGAAAGGUUAUCUCCUGAAAAAGGAUGAAGCCACUACCCUAUUUCGAGCCACAACACUUGCAAGCACCUUGAUGGAGCAGUAUAUGAAAGCCACUGCUACACAGUUUGUUCAUCAUGCUUUGAAAGAUUCUAUUUUAAAGAUAAUGGAAAGCAAGCAGUCUUGUGAGGUCAGCAGCCUUGUUUUACAUAUUGAAGAAGCCCAUAAACUCCCAGUAAAACAUUUUACUAAUCCAUAUUGUAACAUCUACCUGAAUAGUGUCCAAGUAGCAAAAACUCAUGCAAGAGAAGGGCAAAACCCAGUAUGGUCAGAAGAGUUUGUCUUUGAUGAUCUUCCUCCUGACAUCAACAGAUUUGAAAUAACUCUUAGUAAUAAAACAAAAAAAAGCAAAGAUCCUGAUAUCUUAUUUAUGCGCUGCCAGUUGAGCCGGUUACAGAAAGGGCAUGCAACUGAUGAAUGGUUUCUGCUCAGCUCCCAUAUACCAUUAAAAGGUAUUGAACCAGGAUCCCUGCGUGUUCGAGCACGGUAUUCUAUGGAAAAAAUCAUGCCAGAAGAAGAGUACAGUGAAUUUAAAGAGAAUGUACCUGAACUUCCAGACACUACAGAGCAUUCUAGAACUGACCUGUCUCGUGAUUUAGCAGCAUUGCAUGAGAUUUGUGUGGCCCAUUCAGAUGAACUUCGAACACUCAGUAAUGAGCGUGGUGUGCAGCAGUUUCUGUCUUCAUACACAGCAGGCAUGGCCAAAAUGAUUCUGAAAUUGAUGAGAUUUGGAGUGUUUGAUAAAAAUAUAUAUUCCAAGCUCCAUAUCUAG